UUGGCGCAGGCCAUACUGGGCUAUAUUUUGGCUAUUCAGAAACAAUAAUAGUUUCUGGGCUUCACUAUGGCAACGUUAGCAAAUUCACAUUGCAACAUCACUAAAACGACAUUGGUGUUGCCAAUUUCCUAUUCACAUAUUUUAAAUUAGGUUUUCCCCAUGGCAAAAGCAAUUGCUCUAUUUUUUAUGGGUAUAAUGUCUGCAUUAACAUCAGAUUUUGGUGCUUCAUCUAAUAGGGCACCUGAACCAACCCUUCAAUUUCCAUUGGUCCUUUACAAAGAAGACAACUACAACAAUGGUAGUUUAGGAAGUUACCACAGAUCUGUUCCUGGAGAAUAUCGCGUAUGGGCACGAACAGUGUCCUCAGGUAUCCAAGAGUUUGUUUACAGAUCCCUAAAAGUACUACCAGGCUGGAAGCUUACAUUUCAAGCAUGUUGCGCUUCGGGGAAUCAAUGGACAACAUCUGUGUCAGGCAUUACUCACAUAAACAGUUUGCAUUAUUUUAUGUUUGAUAAUGCAAGAAUUGGCGAAGAUAUAUUUUAUACUCAAUGGCUUCAUUUCAUUCAAGAAUUUUCUGUCAAGGUUGAUUCAUGCGAGGAUCCCUUGUUCUGUAGUAAUGUCACAUCUUGUAAUGAAAGCUGUUACUUUGGAUCAUGUGGUGUUGAUGGAACGUGUCAGUGCCACAGGGGAUACUCGGGAGAUCAAUGUGAACAUCGUCCAUUAAAUUUUGAAGUAUAUCCAAAUCAUACUUAUCCUUUGGUGUUAUUUCCACAAACGUCAUUUCAAGGAACUCCGUUGAAAGUCAGAGCAGAUGUUUACAUAGAGUAUGCGAGCAAUGCUGAAAAUAAGAGAUCAUAUAUAUACAAGUCUGCAAGGGUUCUGUUCACUCAAUCAGUAAUUUUCUCACGUAAUAAGGAAAAUGAUCAGGAAUUUAAGGUGAUCAAAGGAUCAGAUAUCAGUAAUCUGGAGUCUUAUUUUGCUUCCAAUGCAGACUAUGGGGCAUCAAUCUGGUUUAAUUACGCUAAAACAAUUAAUUCUGUAUUUUAUGUCAAAGUAAGUGGUAAUAGUCUGUGUGAUAGUUGCAGUGAGAUUGGUGGCUGUUGUUACACAGGGACAUGUGUGUGUUUGCCCGGAUAUUUUGGAGUAUUUUGCAACCAAACUGUAUGAUCUGCCAAACCACUUUUAUUGUGUUGAACUCCUAUUGUUAUUCAAUGUACAUAUUAUUUAUUUGCAUGUUUCUUCAUUUUAAAUUUAGUCUUAUGUAACAUUUACACGGCCUGGUCCAUACUCACCCCACCCCACCCCACCCGCCAACCUAAGCAUUUAUUUCAACUUGUAUAUUUACACAUGCACUUUUGACUUUUUUUUACCAAAAAGCAUUUGUUAAAAUCAUGUGGCCUUGUAAAUAAUCAACCUCAAAACUAAUGGAAUGUGGCAUAGAUUGAUAAACCAUUGGAAUACUUUUGUCUUGGUAAAAGAAGUUCUCGAUGAUAAAGCUGCAUGUCUUGCAUCUUUAUCUAGUUAUAUAUUGCA